AUGGGCGCCCCGAGCUGUCAUGAACCUGUUGUGCAUCCGUGCCUAGCGAUCUCCGAAAUUCUGCGGGAAAUUUUCUACUUCCUCGAUGAUCGCCACGACCUGGCCGCUCUCGCUCGGACUUGUCGCGCCUUUAUGGAUCUCGCGUUGGAUCGUUUGUGGCACGAACUGCCAGACUUCACUAUCCUCAUUUGCUUUGUUUUACCCGAGUCGAGAUGGCAAAUCGUUCCCCCUAAGGAGAUAAACCCACGGCCCAUAUUGAAUAUCGUUGCAUCCCCAUCCGUCAAUGAGUGGAAAAGGUUCGCGUAUUAUGCGACCCGCGUCAAGAAGCUUUUCUACAACACGAGGUUCAGCGUCAAGAAGUAUGCCGUCACUCGCCCGUUAAUAAUCGCACGCGAAGCACUUGAACUCAUACUCGAAGCCAAUCCUUGCGAGUCUAUUCACCCAACACGUAUCCUACCC